GUGAACAGAGGCAGAAAAGGCAACCUCAUGCUCCCCAUUUCAAGCCUAUUUCAGAAACAUUUAUAGCAACAGUUUGAAGAAAACAGCAAAGGGGAAACAAGGCUUUAUAUUCUCUAUGACUAUGAGAUAAAACUGGUACAUCUGUCUAGUUUUCUGCACAGCAGGGCUUUCUCUACUGCAUAGACAUACCAGAACAUUUUCCAGGGAUGUCCACGCUACCUCUGGAUUUGAAUUAUGUUCCAGUCACCGGUCUGGAACAGGCUGAAGAUGAAUUCAGUCACUCACCUGAGUCUUUGACCCCCCCCAGGAGGCAGUCAUGUGGGCAUGUGAAGUUUUCUCGCAGCCUCUCCAAGUCAGACUUGGACUUACUGGCUCCCUGUGAAGAGAAUGUAGCUCUGGGUGAAAAGACCAAGUGCAAGAUCAAGUGCUGGAUGGAGAGGACACACAUAGAUCGACUGUCCUCACUUACUGCUGAUUGGGAAGAGAUUGAGAAGAUCAUGACAUUAAUUGACAGCGACAUUGAACUCUCUAAGGAACACCAACCAGCAGCAGAUACUGCAGGAAGCCGGGUACUGGAGCAGUCAGUGGGGGAAUGGCUGGAACACGUGGGCUUUCCACAGUAUGAGAGUAAGCUGCUACUAAAUGGAUUUGAUGACCUGCGCUUCAUGGGCAGUAAUGUAAUGGAAGAUGAAGACCUUAGAGAAAUUGGCAUCACAGACCCAGGUCAUAGGAAGAAAAUUCUUCAUGCAGCAAAAAGUCUACCAAAGGUGAAAGCUCUGGGUUGUGAUGGCAGUACCUCACUGGCCUCUUGGCUGGACAAUCUAGGUCUUGGGGAGUAUCACCACAACUUUUUAUCCAGUGGCUAUCGCACACUUGAGUGUGUGAAGAAUCUGUGGGAGCUGGAGAUUGUCAAUGUGUUAAAAAUUGUCCUUCUUGGCCACAGAAAAAGAAUAAUUGCUUCCAUUGCAGAGCGACCCUAUGAGGAAGCACCUUCAAAGUCUAACCACUUCUCCCAGCUUAAGAUUCAAGAUCUCUUAUCUCAAAACCCAGCACCUCUUGGUUAUAUGGACCCUUAUACGAGUCGCUCGAUGGACACACUACUGCCACUGGGGGAUUAUGGAAGAAGAGGCAGAGGGCUAGAUCAGGAGUGCAGUGUCUCACUCCGCUCUUACAAUGAGAGGCCACGCUCACAUGACCGGCAUACAGAUCGACACAAGGAAUCCCGGCGGACCCCAAGCCAGUCUGCUACAUAUACCACUGUUUCCACAUGGCACCACCAUCCUGAAAAACUCAUCACAGAGGCUUGUUGCUAUGAAGCUAGUUACCUUGGGUCUGUCAUAAUCAAAGACCUUCGAGGUAUUGAAUCUACGCAGGAAGCCUGUUCAAGAAUAAGGAAAUCAAAGGACCACAGGAAAGGCCCUGUCAUAAUUCUCUCCAUCACCUACAGAGGAGUCAAGUUCAUUGAUGCAGCCUCUAAGGCUAUCGUGGCAGAGCAUGAGAUCCAGAACAUCUCUUGUGCGGCUCAGGAUCCUGAUGAACUUCGCACUUUUGCAUACAUUACAAAAGACUUAAAGUCGGGGAACCACUUCUGCCAUGUUUUCACUACAGUUGAAGUGACACAAACCUAUGAGAUCAUCUUGACUCUAGGCCAGGCUUUUGAAGUGGCCUAUCAGAUGGCUCUUCAGGCACAGAAGGCACGACGUCAUAGUUCUUACAGUGGGGCAAACUUUGAGAUCAUUGAACCCAAGAGCAGACCAGUCUCAUCUCGCAACAGCAUGCGCCGCACAAUGGGAGUCCCUGUGCCUGAAUGUCGCUGCUGCUACUGUCACACCUGCUCUGCCCAUCGCCCCUCCUACCUCCCACUGCCCUCUGUCAGCCCUGGAGUUCAGAUGGAGCCUAUCGAGCAGGAGACAGACGUGCAGUCCUUGGGCAGCAGCUGGCACUUUGACCCUCGUGAUCCCGCCAGGCCGGCCUGCAGUGCCAAGUACGAGACCACCAUAUUCUGAAGUGGGGACAACAGUCCUAACCAGCUGCCCUGUUAAGCCACUUGCCCCCUGAGAGAACUGUAGUGCCCUGUGCCUUCUCACUGUGAAUUGUAGCUUCCCUCAGGGCAAGAUCUGCUCCCUGAUCUCUCUCUCUCGCUCUCUCUCUCUCUCUCCCUCCCUCUUUCUUCCCCUCCCUACAACUCAUCUGUGCAGUUUUCUUGGAGAGCCAUCUGCCAUCUUCUCCAUUUUGAAUUUCUGUCUAGAGUUCCUGGACACUGCCCUCCAGUUGCCAUUCUUGAAAUCUCUGUGCAGCCCUGACUUUUCAGACACUCUUUUUGUAUCACAAUGCUGAACGUUAGCAUCUCAUAUCAAAGGAUUUUGCCUCUGUAAAGCCUCUGAGCACAAGCUGAAGUGUAGCUGUUUAUCAAGUCUUGUAUUUAAGAUUGCAUCUAGAUAUUUCUGCUCUUUUAGAGACAUAAACAUUAGCAACACAAAAUUUUUGUUUGGAACAGCAAUACUGUCAGUGCCAAUGUCAAGCAUAAUUUCAAACACCCAGUUCAUCGCCACUGUAGAUGCAAAUGUGUAGCAAAUUCAUUGCAUUCUGCACCCAAGCACAGUAUCUGUCCCCACCUCCACUGCUGAUUAUUUCUAGCUUGUCCCAUAUUUCUGUAGCACUUAUUUCUACACCAGUGCACAGUUCACUGUUCACAAUUCUCACCCAGUGCUUCCUUAACUCCUACUUUCUUUUGUCCUACUGGAAAAUAUACAAAUGUCAACACAUAUGUUCAGUUCCAGUUUUGCAUAAAAUAUAGCUUGGGAUUAGAAAUGCAAUAAUAAAGAUGGAAACAGGUCAGAGGCCUGAUAAAGUUCAAAUGCACAGCACAAAUAUGAGGUCCGAUUCCCUAGUUAUGGUCCUCAGUUUUUUUUAUAUAUAUAUAUAAAUCAUAAUGAUGUUGUGGGUUGCAUUAAUAAUCAUUGUUCUUCCUCCUUACUUUAGCAUAUAUGUGGCACCACCAGGGCUAUGACUAAGUGUGAUAAAUUGCAGCAUGAAUCUGAAUGACUUACGGUUUGAAACCAUAAGCAGUUUUGUAUUUGUAUUCGUAAAAUGUAACAUCACUUAGUAAAUACAGCAUUUGUGCAUAUGUGUUCA